UCAUUAACGGUCGAGAUGGGGAACUGUUUGUCCAGAAACAGACGGCAGUUGGGUUUGACUGCGAAUCAACACAGAAACAACUAUGAUAAUAUUAAUAGUCACAUUCCUGGUGCCAACCUUCAUGUUUAUGAUAAAAUCCGAAGUCAAAAUCAAAAUGAUUCCUCGAAUGAAUAUUUCAGUCUUGAGACAUCAACUGGCGCGAAAAGCAAUACGAAUCCUGAAGGAAUUUAUGCAGACAUUGUAGAGACAAAUGUGAGAAUACCACGUCUUGGCAAAUACCCAGUAAUGGCCGCAAUAGAUUUUGGGACAACAUACAGCGGCUAUGCGUUUGCAUUGAACAAUUCUGAAACCAAAAUACAACUUCCAACGUGGUCUGGCAGUGAAACAAUGACAAACAAAGCACCAACGGCAGUGUUAUUUGGACCAGAUAAGUCCUUUCUAAAGUUUGGAUACGAAGCCAUUGCGUACAUGCAAGAUAAUCCAAAUGAAGAGGAUCUCGAUAAAUUUUAUUUUUUCCAAGAUUUUAAAAUGCUUCUUUAUAAGACGGAGGAUUUAUCAUUGGAAACUAAAAUUCAAGAUGUAACGGGUCAGAAAAGUUUGUCAGCAAUAGUAGUUUUCUCAAGUGUAAUUAAGUUUUUCUCCGAUAAUCUGAUUUCAAAUUUUGCCAACCGUUUUGGUGGAUCAUCGUUUGAGACGAGCGAUAUAUUUUGGGUGAUAACUGUACCUGCCAUUUGGAGUCUGAAAGCUAAAUACUUUAUGCGAGAGGCUGCCGCAAAAGCUGGUAUACCAUUAAGUCAAUUGGCAAUUGCACUAGAACCGGAAACAGCCAGCGUGUUAUGUCGCACAAUAGAAGUGUACGUCUCAUCAAAUGACGGAAUAGGAGGUGUAAGGAAAACUCUAUGUUCAAUACCAGACAACUCUACAUAUUUAGUUGUAGAUAUGGGAGGUGGUACAGUAGACAUAACUCUUCAUCAAGUCCUUGAAGGCGGAGGACUCCGUGAACUUCACAAAGCUAGCGGUGGAGACUACGGUGGAAACCAGGUCAAUAAAAGAUUUAUAAAAUUUAUUGAAGAGUUAUUCGGAGACAGUGUUGUAGAAAUGGUCAAACAAAAACAUCCAUCUGACUGGGUUGAAAUCCUUACUAAUUUUGAACACAAAAAGAGAGCAACAACAAAAUCUAACGAUCAAGAAAGGGUUGUUAUCAGGUUUCCUUUUUCAUUUGUGGAAGAGUACAAGACUCUUAAGAAUUCAGACUUCCAUGAAAGAAUAAAAUCUCUCGGAUAUGAAGAGGAAGUUGAAGUUAAAAAGGAUAAAUUAUAUAUAAAAUGGAAACUUUUUAAAUCUUUCUUUGAAUUUUCUUUCACAGGAAUUAAAAACUGUGUUGAAAACAUUUUAGAAAAUGGGAGCAAUACAGAAACAAUUCUGUUUGUUGGAGGAUUUGCAGAAUCACCCUACCUUAUCCAAAUUCUCAGAGAACAUUUCAGUAACUUCAAAGUUCUUGUGCCAGAGGAUCCAUCUCUCGUUGUCUUGAGAGGAGCUGUUUUGUUUGGAUUUGACCCUACUAUAAUUCGAUCAAGAGUUUGUCGAUACACUUAUGGCUUUGCAAAUCAGAGACCAUUCGUUGAUGGCAAAGAUAAGAUUGAAAAGAAAACAGAGCACGGUGGACGAUUUUACUGCGAUGAUGCUUUUGAUAAACAUGUUGAAAUAGGAGAGAUGCUUCAACUUGGAAAAUUUCAAGAGCCGAAAGAUUAUCAUCCACUGAAAGAUGACCAAGUAUUAAUAAUGCUUGAACUAUAUGCCUCCACAGAAAAAGACCCAAAAUACGUGGACGACCCAUCUUGCCACUUAGUUGGUGUAAUGGAGAUUGAAGUGAAGCCACGAAAACCUGGAGAGGACGGAACUGUAUCAGUUCGUGUCAACUUUAGUGGAACUGAACUGGAAAUAGAAGCACGUGAAAAGAGAACAGGAAAUAUUACCCGAUCAACGUGCAAUUUCUUAGGAUAAUUACGGUUAUCUUAACUUGGAUUUGUUUUUCCUUUUUAGAUUUUUCUAAAGUUCAGUAUAGGUCACUGUAAAGAACAAAUUAAUUUACACAUUAUUUGACGAUCAUGAAUUAUACUGUGAAUAAAACUUCAGUCUGAGAUGCAUCUGCUCUGAUAUGCAGUUUUCUACAAAUCAAAGGAUUUUAUUUUGAUGAAGGCUAUUUUGUUUAAUUACAAAAUAAGAAUUAUCAUGAGUAAAAAAAAUAUGUAAACAUAUCAUUUUCAUUAAAUCCAUGGAACAAAUA